UUUUUUUUGUUUUCCUAUGGUGUUUGUUUUAUUAUUAAAUGGUUGAGUGUGGAUUUUCCAUGGCAACCCACUUCUCUAGCCGAAUCUAUACCUAUAUCUAUAUCUUCCCAAAAGGGCAUCCAUCCCAACCUUUCCCCCAACCUUUCCUCUCACCACUUUAGGAUUCUGGGCCAUUUUUCUUGAUUAGUUAAUUAUACUCUGUCUAUCUGUGGAAGUGAUCGUUUUCUUGUUCAGGAGAUUCAGUUUCUUUAUUAGGGAAGAUCCAGUUUCUUGAUUGAGAACUUCAGUCUCUCGAUGCAAAGAUCAGUUUUUCGAGCUUUGGGGUGAAAGGGGUUCGGGUUUGGAAUCAUGGGUCUAGCUCACGAGUUUGCAGAUGGGGUGUUCCUGUGAGAAUUUCGGUUAGCGAUGAUGAGGGGAGGGAGAGAUGAUGAGAGGAGGCAGGUGAUGAAGGAGAGUCCUGUGAUGUUCCCAAGGCUCCAUGUGAAUGACAGGGAGAAAGGAGGGCUGAGGGCGCCUCCGAGGAACAAGAUGGCCCUCUAUGAGCAGUUCAGUAUUCCACUUCCACCUCAGAGGUCCAUCUGCGGUGAAUCGGCCUCUUCAACGAGCAAUCUCGUGAUCCCAUUUUGGAAAUAAAAAGUUCGAGGAGAAUCGGUCCCUUGCGUAGUAUCACAGUGGAAAAAAUUAUGUGAUUUACAUCUUCGGUGCUCCUAUCUGCACGAGCAGAUUUGCGUUGGAAAUGUUUUUGUUGAGGAUUGGCCAUCGAUGUGUCAUCAAAGUUUUAGUGUUGUGGAGUUGCAUUCCAGAUCUGUCAAAGUGAUUACUUCAGGGAACAGGGCUUACUAUUUUGCUUCAGGCAUCAGCCCGAACGUCGUAUAUGGCUUCGGUCAUCCGGGCGGUGGUGGCCUGCAUAAUUAUACCUAUAUGCCAUCGUACAAUUUUCCUGCGACCUCUGGCUCAGCACAAAAACCGAGACCUUCCUCUCUUGCUGGAGUUGAAAUUAACGACAUUGUGGAAACUAAUGAACAGAAUCGAACUUUAGACAUGAUAAUAGCGCCAUCUUUGGCGACGAAAGCCUGUUUGUAUCAACCACAGGAUUCCCAUUUCUCGAAACCUAGUUGGAGGAAGCCCGGAGGCAGUGAAGAGAUAACCUCUCUCAGAUUCUCAAACCCCAACGUUUCCUCCCAUAAGGCGCACCGGACUGUACCUCGAUUAGAAUUGAGAAGGCUUGAGUUGAUCGAUGUGGAGUCGGGGCAGCUAAGGGGUGUCCCAUUAUCACAGUAUCCAGUAUCAAGAAAGUCGCCACAUGUGAAUCUAAGGCCGCCAAUAAAGAACGCUGAAAAUUCCCAAGUUUCGAAGAGACCCCAUGAGUCUUUAAGUCGAGGGCAAAAAGACUCUUCUGUGCGGCAAGAUUCAACUUUUGGUGGAGAUUGUGUAUUAUUGACAAUGACUCAAAACGAGGGCAUUAAUGGAAAUCCCAGCGAGCUUGAACAUGAGGGUGUCUCAGCUUCUUCGCGUCUAUUGCCAGAUGAUGUUGAAAAGAUUAUCGGGCAGAAGAAAUUCUGGAAAGCGAGAAGAGCCAUAGUUUACCAACAGAGACUUUUUGCGGUUCAAUUGUUCGAGUUGCACCGAUUAUUAAAGGUGCAGAACUUAUUAUCGAGAUCACCUGAUAUACUCCUCGGAGAAAGCCUCUACUUCAGAAACUCCACAGUGGAAGUGUCCCCAUCAGGCUUUCUUCCCAAACUGAAACUGAACUCCGACACUGGUAAGGAGGAUGCAACUGGAAAGCCUCCAGAUAAUGCUGGAGGUAUAGAUAUGCCAAAUAUACCUGUUGCUGUGCAGCCAAACCCGAUGCCCUCUUCGGAAAAAGUACUAGAACAUGAGAAUACCAGCAAACCGGGGAUGUGGUGUUUCCCUCCUACAGGAAACCAGUGGCUUGUCCCCAUAGUUUCCCCUUCCGAGGGGCUUGUCUACAAGCCAUACACUGGACCAGGCCCACCAGGCACUGGGAUCCGGGGCCCCGUCUGUGGCCUGAUACAGCCUGGCCUCGGUUGUGGAAGGGAGUACUUGAAUGCAGCCUUAGGAGCCCAGCCUCCAGUAGGCCCCUCUUAUUUCCCGCCUUACGGAAUGGCAAUGACGAAGUCUGUGCCGAAUCAAACUCCCGACCAGGUAAGCUCGUUUGGGUGGUUGAACUCUAAGGGGCCUUCCGAGCAGGUUAGCCGAGUGGUGUCGCUUAACUUGGGUAAAUCUCGGGGAAGGGAAGUGGAGGGAAGCACAGCGAGCAGUCCUUCAGAGAAGCUGAAUGAAGAGCUAUCGCUUUCUCUAUUACAUACUACACCACUUAAGGAAAAAGACAACUCCCGUGGCAGUGGAAAACAGCAGACAAAGGCGAUCAAGGUUGUCCCCUACAACCCGAAGAGGGCAAGUGAGUCAGCUACUCGAAUUUUUCAGUUGAUACAGGAGGAGAGGAGACAUUCAACUAAUGAGUGAAAGGAAAAUGAGAUGUUCUUGGAUCAGUGGCCUGGUUCUUUUCCAUUUUCUUUUCACUUAUAUGAGUUUAUCGAAUGUAGAGUCUUUUGUUAUCCUCACGAAAGCUUUACUUCCUGCAAUCUUAUGGCAGAUGGCCCAAGGGGCCAAGAAUUUGACAAGAAAAUAUGAGAAAUUCACAAGAAUAUAUGUGGCCAUACUAUAUUUGUGGGAUCAGGAACUCGGAAAAUGUAUUGUAGUAUAUGGGAAACAUUAGAAGCAGAGCGACACAUGCAGCAUCUGAAUAUUCUGAA